CCCGUCGGAAAUAGCCGGCCCAGCCUUCCGGGGACCGCGGGCAGAAACGGGGGGCCCUGCUCCCCUCGAGGGCAGCGGGAGCCCGGGGCGCUCCCAGCCGGGAGCAGGGCCGCGCAGGCCUGCGGCCCCGGGACCCCCGAGGUGGGCACAGCGCCCCGGCAACGCCGUCGGGGGCGCGGGACAUGGCCAGGCUGACCCAGAGGGCUGUUGUGUCUCCAGAACACCUUCCCCUUCCCCUCGGCCACGGUGGAUGUGAUAAGAUCAGCUGGCUUCCAGAAGAGAAAGUAUUCAGUAAUGUUCAAAGGGAAAAGAUCAUCUCCAAGUUUCUUAAAGAAAGCGUUCUAAAGAGAGUGUUCCGAUCAAAGCAGAUGAGGUGGGACAGUUCCGACCGCCAGAAAGAAGGCCCAGGCUACAGCUUUCCUGGCACCAGAAAGAAGCCCGAGGCCGCGGGGGCGCCCGCCCAGCCUUUCGCGCCGCCCGCGGAGGGGCCCGGGGCUCGGGGCGGCGGCCGCGGAGACGACGGCGGGGACCACACGUGGGCCUGCGGCGCCCUGGGGAUUCUAAGGAAACAGAGGAGCAAAAUGGGGAGAAGAAGCGGUGAGAGCGGCGGCAGCAGCCCUGGCGCCCCCGGCACCCCUCCCCAGAACUUGUCUCACUGGAAUUUGGAUUCGGAAGUACCUGCUCCUGAAAAUAAAAAUCUCCCACCUGGAAAGGAUAGUGCAGCAGGUGGCAAAAUUAACAAGAACCAUUUGGAAAUUCCAAUAGAUCAACUGAUGCUAGAACUUAAUUCGUCAGAGCAUGCUCACAAAAGAACGCAGAAUAGUAAACAAGGGAUGUUUCAGUUAUGGAGUUAUCCUCUUAACGAAGGAAGUACCAUGGAGAACAGGGAUUUCAAAAAGUCUGCAGUGGAAACUGGCUUUAAUGUAACCAAUAAUCCCAUGAGGCUCUUCACUCUGAACCACUCACUGACAAGUGCUUCAUUCGAUAAGCAAGUUGAUCCUUACCCAGGACUACAGAUGCCGUCAGGUCUCUGCUGGCCCUAUGCCGAUGGAGACUUCUUUAAGGACAGAAAUGAGCCUUAUAUUAAUUUAUGUUCAACUGCAGAAAACAAUAGUGGUGAAUCUUUAUGUGCCCCAAACUGGAACUUGAAAUACGGAAACAGCAGUGUGGAAGAAAACUUAACAGACGAAAGUGAUUUAUCUGAAAAUGAAAAAGCAAACGAUAGUUUGCUCAGCUAUUUUAAAAAGAUGGACCUGAACUUAAAGCCAGAAACAAUAGAAAAUGUUGAGGAAUCUUUCACAGAGGAACCAAGUGAAGUAUUUCCAUAUCCCGAUUUUCUCCCUUCUCCUUUCAAUACCCUGGACUUGCACAAAUUAGCCCUCUCAAAAUCUGAAACUUGGAAAGCGACAGUGGAGCCUCCAGAAAGCUCUGUUGAACAUUUGAUCACUCGUUUACUGGAAAUGGAAAGAUUACAACAUCUGACUAUACAAAAAGAGAGGCCCAGACUACAAACUACCUUCUGUGCUCCUGCAGCUACUGAACGACCUUUCUCCUCCAAAGCUAUCCCCAAAAUGAGACAGCCCAAACUUUCGGACUCUCUGAGUCUUCAGACAACUUGUGUCAAUAAAAGUCGUGAAAAAAGAAAAAGCACUUGUGGAUCUUGCAAGCUUGAACAAAAUGCUUCAAAAUGGAAUGGGAGCAAUGCCGGCAAAUGCAAAUGGACUUCCAAACCACCAUCUCUCAAAAGUUCAUCCACCACCAAACAAUUGGUUGCAACUUGUGAUGACAUUAGGAACCUCAAAAGCUCCAUUUUAAAUCCAUGCCAAGAACUCUCAACCAAGGCCACUACUUCCCAGACAGCCCAAUCAUUGGUUAAAAUGGUCUCAACCAGAUGUCUGCCACCAAGGUCUCCGAUCCCAGUUUCAGCUAUACCUCUGUCUUUUCCCGAAAAUCAGAGAGAAGAAAUUAAGGCACCAAGGACCAAAAAGAAAACUUAUCAAAAAAACAUUGAAUUAAACAAAUCACUCUAUAUUCAGAAGUUAAACUGUUUAUCACCUUCCUUUACAGCUAAGGAUAAGUGUUCACCCAUUGACCAAAAAUAACUUUUCUCCUCCUCUUCUCAACGUGAGCAAGUCUUAUUUCCAAGAAGCUUGACUAAAACAUGCCUCAUCAUUCCGAGAUGCAGGUAUUACACACAUGAAGAACUUGAUGUGACGUGGAGUGGAACUCGUGAAAAGCACUGCUGAGAUGUCUAAUGUAUAAAUCCAAGGGCUUCCAUACUGACGUACUUGGCAAUCUUUUGCAUGUUGUGUUUCAAAGGAAUGUUUCACUUAGUAAAUCAGUCAAAAGACUAUUCUUUUGUUGUGAUUGUUUCCCAGAAUUCCAUCAUCAAUAAAUGCUGUAAUCGACUUA